UCCAGACGCGCAGCGGAAGAUUUUGCGCACUGAAGGCAAGUCGAGCUGAAGUGAGCGCACAGUGAGCAAACUGCUUACUGACUGACCGCAGUCCCGUCACUGAGAUACGAGCUCACUUGGCUUUACUUUAUGCAUCCACUACCGACGUUUUAAAACAAGGGAUUAAAUAGAGGAAAGCAGUUUAUUUCAGUUUGGCUUGAUGCGCAACUUAGAGGAGUUAUUUUAACGGAGCCACUCAAUGUAGCUUGUUUGUUGAAAUAUCCAAAGUGUCCCAUCCGCGGAGGAAAAAUUCACUCAACAUCCUAAGAGACCGAAACGCUUGAGAGGAUUUUUGGAAGUAUUUUUAAAGGUGGAUUGAACAAGGAUGAGUCCAACAGCCUUACCCAACCAAGAGAGGUAUUACAUUUGAAAAGCGGUGAUCACAGCAAUGCUUCAGCAGCGUGUUCGUCUGUCCCUCUCCAAAUCUCCCAGAGAGGAUUUAAACGCUGCUCAUUUUGAAUAAGUCGAGAAGUCACUUAAGAUGAGAGCUCUGCAAACAAUCCUGUUUCUUUUCGUCCUGCAUCAGGUCACAUGCAGAAAAGCACAUGGAGGAGCCACAGAGCUAAUUGAGUGGGGAGACAGUGAUAAUGCAAAGAAGAUUUCUCCCAUGGGGGCCAGUCCACGAAUCCUCAAUCCCUUGCGUUUGUUCGCUAGGGGCUCCCCUGGGUUCAAAAGCAACAUGAGGGAAAUUACAUAUUUACAGAAUAUGGAGGACUUCUGGGACUGGUUAUCUAACCAGACAGAUGUUCAGAGUGCACAGGCCAGAACUAAACGCAGGCCCAUCGUCAAGACUGGCAAGUUUAAAAAGAUGUUCGGGUGGGGAGAUUUUCACUCCAACAUCAAGACUGUAAAACUGAACCUGCUGAUUACAGGGAAGAUCGUGGACCACGGGAAUGGCACUUUUAGCGUUUACUUUCGCCACAACUCAACCGGCCUGGGCAACGUGUCAGUCAGUCUGGUGCCGCCAUCCAAGGUGGUUGAGUUUGAGAUGGUCCAGCAGUCCACGCUAGAGACCAAAGACACCAAAUCAUUCAACUGUCGCAUUGAAUACGAGAAGACGGACCGCAACAAGAAGACUGCCCUGUGCGGCUUUGACCCAUCCAAGGUGUGCUAUCAGGAGCAGACGCAGAGCCACGUGUCCUGGCUUUGCUCAAAACCCUUCAAAGUCAUAUGCAUCUAUAUCGCCUUUUACAGUGUCGACUAUAAACUGGUGCAGAAGGUAUGCCCUGACUACAACUACCAUAGUGACACACCUUACUCCUCCACAGGGUGAUCUAGCCAUUGUUGGUGUGCAUUCACUUUUAGUUGCAAUCAUGUAAAUGUUAACCUUUAACCUCUUUGUCCCCAAAAAACUAAACACUGGAGAGAUUUGAAUACAAUGGUUUAAACUUUUGAACAUACUGCAGACAAAUAUAAGGAUUUAACACUUGGAUAGUUGGGUGUCCAGGGACUUGGUUUUAAGGGUUGACUGUGGAUACAGAGAUUGUUAGCAACCCUGGAUAACUCUGCCACAUCACAGCAGCACAUGUUCUCCUUAAAACACUGGUGUAAUUAGAGUGCCGUCCAGAUGUUUUCUUCAAGGCUAGACCAUAGGCAAGAUGUCUCCCAGUUGGAAGAGCAUACCCGGCUUCUGUCAGAAUCUAAAGCGAAGCUUAGGUUGGGAAACAAUUUCCUUCCUUCAUUUCAACAGUGAUAACUAGGUUGAAAUAUGACAAGACUUUAUAUAUAGUGUCAAUACUUAUGAAGCUGAUAUUUAAAUAGUUAUUCACUGGGGUGUAAAAUGACCUAUAAAGCAUUGAAAAAUUGCCUUUGAAGUAGCACUAUCAUCCAUUUGUACAGACACAGAAAGGAAACUUUACGUCAGA